CCACUCCUUCAUCUGGCCCAUGAACACUCCGGAAUUAUGGCUCCGGUAAUCACUUCCAGUAAGGGGGACACUCCAAUGACGAAUGUUCCGAGCGAAAUGGAGACCAAUCCAGCAGAGAAAGACAUCCAAGCACUCGAUCCAAACACCUUCGCUGGCCAGCAAGUUGGUGCAAUCCUGGUCGUCAAGCGAAUAAUGACCCCUCCGAAUAUUAAGAACAAGCCAGAAGUGGGAGACUUUGUGAAGAUUAUCAAGCAUGACGUGCGUGAGUGUGCGGUGAGGUCUUUCCGUACUGGUAAAUCAAGCUACAUUCCAUGGUCCAGCUUCUUCCCGUUGAAGAUAGGCGAGAGGUGCACUUGCACUAAAGCACUUUGCCGGUGUGAAACUCUUGGGUCGGAAUCUCAGCUCGCACGCAGAGAGUUUUCCAUCUUGGCAAAUCCUGCUACCAUGUACGGCCAGAUGCCUGGUACAAUUCUCGUCUUCAAACACAGAGCACAACGAGUUGAUGACGGUUCGAUAAUGUGCGACUGCGAGAUUGGAGAUCACCUUGAGUUGUUGGAGCCAGUUCUCAGCGAGGAGUCAACUUACGUGAGGGUCCAAAACUUGCGUACCGGCGGCAAGGGAAACAUUUUGUGGAUGUCCGUCUUCCCGGCCGGCAAGCGUGAAGUUUGUGCCUGUUAUUCUGAAGAGAACUGGGAGUGCCACUGUGUCUAUGAGGACUUUCCUGCUUCAGUGAAGUACAUCAAAGAGCAUCCAUGACACUUUGAAAUUGGCACGAACAAAACUGCCUUUGCCAGAGGGAGGUUUUCAGGGUUUGACUGUUGUUUUGGCUUGGUAAUCAAAUGUUAUUUGCGGAGAGGUCGUCAUAUCGAAUUGAAUACUGUACAAUUUGUAACCGAAGAUGGCGAUGCUUUCCUGUGAAAUGUGGAGUUCCAGGAAAGGAUUAGGCAGGUGUAAUGAAUCGAGUGGUAUCCUUGUACCGCACAGUCUGACUGUAAG